AUGGCCCGCCAACCAGGAAAACGUCCAACAAAACGGCCAUCCAAUCAAUCACCCUCCGCAACCUUAAUUGUAUCCACAUCUUCCAUCUCCAAGGCAACUCACUCUGUAGUUUGUUGCAUAAAUUGUAGGGCAUUCGCCUGUUCGAAUAACCUGUUGGAUGAGAAUAGAUGGUUGUCUCGUUUCCUCCAGUGUUUGGUUCACUGCAGCCUGUCUCACCUCCACUCCCAGCCCCCUGUUCCUCACCAUCUUUGCCAGGGGAACAAAGAUAGCGGACCCUACCUAUUUGCAAAUUGUUAUCACUUCGCCCACAGGAUAGUUUCCAUGAGGAUUCCAGCUGUUAAAAAUGACAGUUGUGGUGCACUUGCUGGUUCUUGUGUACACCAUGUGGCUUUUAAAAUCUGGAGCCAGCCUGGUGAGCAAAGUGACAAGUCGAUUGAAAUUAGUCCUUCAAGUUUUUUUAACUUCCUGCUAAAGCUUGUCUCUGUUCUUUUUAUUGUCUUCCUGCAGAUUGUAUUGCUAUUAAGGCUUGUUCCUUUACUUCCAUUCAACAUGCUAAACUACCUUCUGUCAGUUACUCCUGUUAGUAUUGGUGCAUAUAUGAUGGCUUCUUGGAUUGGGAUGAUGCCAAUAACUUUUGCUCUGGUAUAUGUCGGAACAACCUUGAAAGAUCUUUCUGAUGUGACACAUAGAUGGAGUGAGGUUUCAACUACACGUUGGGUACUUAUUAUUUGUGGAUUUUUAGUUUCAGCUAUUUUGUUGGUGUGCGUUACAAGAGUAGCAAAAGCAUCAUUAGACAAAGCUCUGGCCGAGAACACGGAAGUGGAGAACCUCCUAGUGACAACUUCUUUACCAGUUGUGUCUGCUGCAUCCUCUGACCUUCGUCAACCUCUUGUGAUCCAGAUUGACCCUUAAAGCGACAAGCACGAAAAUUAAACUUUUUUUUGCCUUUUCCCUGUAAAUCCUUUCACCUACCAAUUUCUUCAUCGACCAGCUUGUGGAACAAUCUGCCUCAUAACAGAAACAACACCUUGGAGAAGCCAGCUUUUGCCUUCUUGCUCAGAAAGCAAAAUUGUAGCCGAACAUGGAUUAUGUAUUGUAACUACUCAUCCUGACUUCUGUACACCUUUUUUUUUUUUUGUCUUUAAACAUUUAAAAAGCCAUUUUCUAUAUGGUUUUUUUUUCUUUCUUUA